AUGGAGAGAAGUUGUUUCCUCUUGUCAAUCACCUUCUUGCUGGUGCUGCAGCUGCAGUACAGUUCUAUAGGCACAGGUGCAGCACAAACCAACAUCACCAUCGACCAGUCUGCUCUUCUUGCUCUGAGAUCCCAUAUCACUAGUGACCCUCACAACAACUUGGUCAACUGGUCAACCGCCACCUCCGUCUGCAACUGGGUUGGCAUUACUUGUGGUGCUCGCCACCUCAGAGUAGCAUCAUUGAAUCUCUCGUACAUGGGUUUCACUGGCACCAUUCCACCACAUUUCGGCAACCUCUCAUUUCUUUUUGGGUGGUGCUUAAGGAACAAUAGCUUCCAUUGCAUCUUGCCCAAGGAAUUGUCUUAUUUGCGUCAGCUGAAGUUGAUUAACUUCGGAUACAACAAUUUUAUGGGAUCCAUUCCAUUGUGGUUUCGGUUAUUCUCUCCAAACUUCAAACCUUCAAUUUGUAUGGCAAUUAGUUUUCAGGUUUCAUUCCGACGACUAUCUUCAACUGAUCUACACUGCAAAUAA